UAGGACGCAUGCGCAGUGAGUGGUGACUAGUAGCCAAGUAGACGUUAGCGCAGCGAGGUAACGUGGCAGAAAGCGUUUCGAUAUGGAGGCAGCCGCACUGGUCGCCUUGUCUCUGCUACUGGGAGCGCUGGUUAUACUGGUGGCUGUAGCGGUGAGUCGCCGGAAGGAAGAAAUCCGAGAGGAAACGGAACUAACGGCGGAAUUUACCGCUGAAAGCAGUGCCGUGAAAGGCCCGGCCUCCAAGAAACCGAAGCAGGAGAAGCAGCGCCUCCGUAAGGACAAAGCUGCACAGCACACCUUCAGCCACCCGCUGCUGGCAGCCUCACUGAAGAGCCACAGCGGGAACGUGACGUGCCUUGAUUUUAGCAGUAACGGGAAGUACCUGGCGUCAUGCGCCGACGACCGCACCGUCCGGAUCUGGAGCACCAAAGACUUCCUGGAGCGGGAACACAAGUGCCUGAGGGCCAAUGUGGAGCUGGAUCACGCCACGUUAGUCCGCUUCAGCCCGGACUCCAGGGCGUUUAUCACCUGGUUGGCCAACGGAGACACGAUCCGAAUCUUCAAAAUGAUCAAAAAGGAGGACGGCACUUUAACCUUCAAAGCUGCUCCUGAGGACUUCCCUCAGAAACACAAAGCCCCCAUCCUCAACAUCGGCAUCGCAGAGACCGGCAAGUUCAUCAUGAGCGCCUCCACCGACACCAGCAUCCACAUCUGGGACCUGAAAGGAGAGGUACUGGCCUCUAUCAACACUAACCAGAUUACCAAUUCAUACGCUGCCAUCUCCCCAUGUGGCAGGUUCGUAGCGUCGUGCGGUUUCACUCCUGACGUGAAGGUGUGGGAGGUUUGCUUCGGGAAGGGAGGAGAGUUCAGAGAGGUGGCGAGAGCUUUCGACCUGAAGGGCCACUCUGCAGGAGUUCACGCGUUCGGCUUCUCCAACGACUCUCACAGAAUGGUGACUGUCUCCAAAGACGGCACGUGGAAGCUGUGGAAUACAGAUGUGGAGUACAAGAAGCAGCAGGACCCGUACCUCCUGAAGACCGUCCCCUGCGCGUCCUCCGAAGGCAGCCGGGUGGCUCUGUCCCCGGACGGCCGCGUGGUGGCGGUCAGUGACGGCUCUAACGUGGCGAUGUACAGCGCUGCCAGCGGCGAGCUGGAGGAGGAGCUGCACGGCGUCCACAGCGGGAAGAUCGACGACCUUAGAUUUGAUGUUAACGGGCGAUUCUUGGCGUGCUGCGGCGACAAGGCCAUCCGAGUGUUUCACAACGCCCCGGGCUACCGGGCCGCCAUCAGGGACAUGCAGGACAUGCUGAAGAAGGCCCAGAACGAGGCCAUGAAGCAGAGACUGCAGCAGCAGAUCAAAGAGGCUCAGAGCGCCUUGGACACUGUGCUGGCUGCGCCCAUCGACUAAACGACUGUACGACUGUUUCCUGUCUGACCGCUUCCUUUUUCAACCUCAGCGCUCUCUCUCUGGGCAGGGAGUAAUGGAAUGCAUGCGGUUUUAAUAAAGAAUAUCUUUUUAUGCAAAGAUAAAAGCGGUUUGAGUUCAGAUCUUUCCUGUCCGAUGAUGUCUCCUGUGUGAUCUGAUGUGUGUGUUUUUAUAUCUAUUUGCCUUCUGCAGCUUCAGUUUAAAGUCAACCUCCACGCAAACGUGUGUGUAUCUUCUUGUUGGUGCGGUUUGUUUGAGCUUCACUGUGCAGGAUGAUGUACCAGCAGUUUGUUCUCACAUUCCUGUGCUGAGAGUGGAAGGUUUCUGUUGCUCAGUGUAAAUCUGACGUACAGAUUUGUGAAUCCGCAGCAGCUCGUCUGGAAGCCCGUUGUGACCCAGUAUGCAACUGACACGUGUGUGACGUGGCCACCUGAAGCCUCCAGUGCUCGUGUUGUUUACAGCUGUUCAACUUUUGAAACUAAAAAUAUUUGCACAGAUUCUGGAUUUUUCAAUGAAAGAGAAGGAGUUGAUGUAAUUAUAAGAAUUUCUAACGAGGUAAUUAAACUUUUUUGUGGGAAAAAAAA